ACUUUCAAGAGACGAAACGAGCAGUGCGCCAUUAGUCCUGCUCCUGUAGAUACAGGAAAAGCAACACCUGUUGGACACCGACAUCUGUGUUACAGGUUAACUCUUUGAUUUUACAUCAGACACGUUUGGGGACGGUAAUUGUUUUUAUAUAUAUUCAACAUGAUAACCAGGAAGGAGGACACACAGAAGCAAGCUUUCAACUCUAAGCAGAUCACUGUCAUGUAGAGACGCUCCUUACUGACUUUCUCACAGUCAUGGAGCUGAAGGUGUGGGUGGAUGGUAUUCCACGUGUUGUCUGUGGCCUAUCAGAACAGACAUCUUGUCAGGAUGUAGUCAUUGCCCUUGCCCAGGCUAUAGGGCAAACUGGUCGUUAUGUUCUUAUCCAGAAACUGCGGGAUAAGGAACGGCAGCUUGUGGCCAAUGAACGCCCAUUGGAGUCCCUGGCUAAACUGGGCCAAUUAGGCAAUGAAGUGCAAUUCAUCCUACGGCGCACCGGCCCCACAAGCAGUGAAGGCUCAGACCAAGGUCGAGCCCCGAAAUUACCCAGACCUCCAGAUCCAGAGCCCCUCAAACACAAAGAGCCAAAAAAAGCUCUUACUUUCAAUCUGGGGCCCUCCACAUCACCCCAAACCCGUGUAAAACAGGUUGAAAAACCACCAAGAGACUCCCAAGCACGAGGGGUGUCCCCAUCUCCGCCCUCGUCUCUUGCCCAAGCUGGUCCAUCCAAAGACACACUUUAUCAGCAGAUACUACGACAACAAGGGCAGCUACAGUCUCUGCAGGGACAGGUAGAGUCUCUAGAGAGGGAGCUGAGCAUUUGGGAGCGGGCUCCUCCUCCAACCCUUUCCCCUGACCUCCUUGAGAAAAUGGACCACCUACAGCAGCUUUUAGGGCGGAACGAGACAGAGUUGGCCCACGCGUUGCACUGGGAAAAUGAAUUUCAGUCUGAGGUUCAAAGAGAAAAGGACAUUCUACGGCAAAAAAAUGAACUCCAUUUAGCUCUGGACAAACACAGUCGAAGGUUGCAUGACACAGACAACCAAUCAGAGCAGCUAGAGCGAGAUAUCAAGCUGCUUUUUGAAACCAAGAGAAAUGGUGUGCUUCAAGCCAGACCCAGUGUUGAAGAAUCUGUAGUUAUAGCAAAGGAACAACUGGACAACCAUCAGCAUCACAGGGCUGAACUGCAGGCAUCAAUUGAAGAAAUAGAAAAGGAGUUAAGGCUGGCAGAAGAAGAACUGCAGGUCUGCAUUUCUGUUUUUAUUACUAGUUAUUAUGUAAUUGCCAUAUCAUUAUUGUUUCACUGGAGGUUAAUCUUCUAAUACUCAUUUGUUUAUUUAUUUUUGCGUAUGAAACAUUUAAACGUGCAUAAUCAAACCUAAUCAAAUAAUCAAAUGUUUUCUCUCAUAAAAUGUGAGAUAAUAUUGCAGACACUAUGGGCUCGCUGAGUGGGCAAGUACUAGAGUAUCCAAAAAAGGACAAAUAAGUUAUACGCUGCAGCCUAUUAUGCCUACUUACUUGGUAAAUAAAAACAGCAUGCCAAAAGAGUAGUUUGUCCAUAAUAGCAUCUAUUAUGGACAAACAUCAUUUAAUAGCAUCUGAAAAACAGUAGGUGAAAAUUCCCAGGAUGACUACCUCUGUUGAGAUUCUUGAGUGUGCGUUCGAUGGAAGCUUUACUAUCCCUUGAGGUCACAUGACACAGCCAACGCAGAUGUUGUAGGCUUCGAUUUCAUUCAUACUACAGACAUUCGUACUAUAUAUCCACCUUAUUUUGCAACAUGGAAGUAAAGCCAUUUUCUGAGAAUGUGCGAGACUUCAGAUUCAUUGACCACUAUAUAGAAGAACUGUAGUACAAAGUGUACAAAGUGUAGUAAACAUGCGUUUUUAAUGUCCCUGAAGUAAGUUCGUUGGUGUUAUUAUUACUGUUGCUAUGUUUUGUGUUGCUAGACUUUUGGACCUGUUUUGCCCCCGUAGUCCUUCCUGUGUUUCAUUAUU